UGUAGACGUUUCAAGGGCGUGGAUUGCCAACUGUAAAAGAUGGGCUUUUAUAUUAUCCUGUGGCUGGGGGCUUGGUUGUUGCCUCUUGGAGUAGCUACGUUCUAGGACAUACCUGUUACGCCAACGUUGGCCGUCCAUGCCAGUGCGAUUUCGUGUCCGAGCGCAGGAGACUCAACAUUUCGUACUUCGAACAGUCAGUUAUCAACUGGGAGGCUGCUAUAGUUUUGGUUUCCGUCCCAAUGUCCUUAGCCAGCUAUAGCUAACCCUUGCUACUCUACUAACUGUCAGUCCCAGGAUAAUAAUGUGUGUUCCUUCCUUAUGUCUGCAAGAUCAGCUACUUUAUUGCAGUCUUCCUGAGCUGACUUUUUUUGCAGGCUGAUUGUCACAGCUGGCGAUCUACAUUUCACAUACAGUCCUUGCCAUGACUUCCAGUGCAAUUCCAAAGGAACUGAUGUGCGGAUAUGUCUCUAUGAAACCACCACCAAAGAGUACCUUGGAAUUGGAAGGAUAACCAACUACCACCACAACAAUCCAUGGACACUUAACUCUCUGUCUCCCUUGAUCUUCACCAUCCAGUACAAUGGUGGAGACGAGAUAAAAACAUCAAGUGGCAUAUACAAACUGACGGUCUUUUUACACAGAGUGUAUUCUCGUUUCCUGCAGGAAUUUGAACUCGAAACCUCUGACAUCAUGGUAGAAGAUCUUCCAGGUGCUCCUUCCAGUCAGUCUUGGAUAGCGGGAGCUGUCCUUGGAUCCUGGGUGUUCCUGGUGUUAGUGUUGGCAGCAGUAAUCGUAACCAUCAUCUGGGUCAAUAUCAAACUUUACAAAAGAAGAGAGAAUUAUGAGCAAUUGGCAAACAAUAAUGCUGUUAACAAUGUAACAUAGCUAUGUAUCAUCAAGCAACCUGAUGUACCAAAUAGGUUCAUGAUUCAUUACUUUUUAUUGUGGAUGUGUGUUUUCCUAUCUAUAUAAUUAUUGUUUACACAAUGUUUUUCACAUCUAAUUAACUGUAUCCUGCGUAGUUUUAUGUAGCUGGUCUGCA